CCCCCCUUCUCUCUCUGUCUCAGCUAAAUAAGGAGAUGUCCAACAUCGUGACCCAGAUCCUAAACAACUACCCUGGCAAGAACAGCACCACCGAGCAGGCCUGGGAUUACGUACAGAGGACGAUGGAGUGUUGUGGAUGGAGUGGUCGUAUGGACUGGCAAGGUAAUGCUGUGGUAGUGAACAGUUCCCAGCUGUUGUUCCCGUGUUCCUGCCAGAACGCGUCUCUGGUUGAGGGUAAUUCCUCCUCUGACAGUGGUUUCUGUGAGGCACAGUCACUUGACUGGCCCGUCUACGACAGGGGCUGUAACUCCAGUGUAGAGAGCUGGCUGUUUGCCAACGUUGGAGUGAUCCUGGGGGUCUGCCUGGGAGUGGCUGUCAUCGAGCUCCUGGGUAUGAUCCUGUCCAUAGGGCUGUGUAAGGGCAUACACACUGAGGAGUACACCAAAGUACCAAAGUACUGAAGAUGAUGACGGGGGACGCUAUGACACACACACGUUUUCUCUCUCUCUCCAUCCCUUUAUCUGGAGAAACGCGUUCGGUGCAGAUGGUUAUUUGCUUUCAUUUUUUGUUUAAUUUGUUUCGUUUUUGUUUUUGUAUUUUUUGGGGGGAGGCACUUGUGUCUUUUCUGUCAGUCCAGUUUCCAUUGGAGCACUUUAGAGACUGUAGUUAUGGAUUAGAGAGGAAGACGGGACGAGAGCAGACCCGGGGGUCACAGAGACAACAGAAAAGAGAGAUGUGGAGAAAGUAGGACGGGAAAGCGUGAAGAGAGGACAGAGGAGAUGUAGAAAGAGAUGGAGGGUCGUCUCCUACCCUCGGCAAAUACAGUCUACCACAUCCUUGACUCCUGGGGAACAUCCAUUUUAUCAUCAGGAGUCAAUCAUGAUCGUCAUUGUUUGUCAGCUCUCGUAGGGUCCCAAUCCUAACUUCAGAUAUGCAUGGGUAACUUUCAUGUAUUGAAAAUGUCAAAUAGGAGAUUUUUCAAUUGGAGAAUUUAAUUGGGAGAUUUGUGAAAAUGUGAGUUGUGUUCACAGAUCUCAAGUUAGGUUUAACGGUCUUUAUUGAGUUGACCUGACUAGAAGAGGAAGGGUUCGGGUUAUUGGACUCCUGGAAAAUAAACUACAUUGUUUUGAGUUGUUAUACAUUUUUGUUUGUUAUAGUACCUUGUAUAUAAUUUAGUUUGGUAUUUUGUGAGCCUCUGAAUCCACGUUUUUGUGAAGAUGUUUGUUUUUCAAAAGGUUUUUUCAUUGCAUGUUUUCUUUUUCAUGUAUUUCAUUUCUUUUUGUCGGUGCAGUUUAAGAUUUUUUUCUUGAUAAUUUUGUUUAAAGUAAUAGGAAUAAUGAGAUACUAAAGAGAUUCAGCUACUUUAAAGUAGGGGGGGGGGGGGGGCUUGGCCCGUAGGGGGGGGUUCCCCCAACUGGUGGCCCGAGGGUGAUUUUUAUUUACCGCCCCAAGUUUUCUGAGCUAGAUAUAAAUAAAUCAACUCCAAGUGAUUUUCAUUUUGGAAAUUUGUUCCGUAGUAUUCCCACACAUAAUAGAGGGAUAUAUGUGACUGUAUACAAAUCUAAGCAAACUUUGAAAUGAUAAAGUUUAAGUUAAAUAUUAUAUCUAUUUGGUCUUCUUGCUGUCAAUUUUCAGUCUACAAAUGAUUUGUAAUUAUGUUCCGGCCCCUUGACCAUCCGCUCAAGAAACAAAUCAUCCCUCUGCUGAAUCUAGUGGAUGAAUCUAGUGGAUGACUGCUUUUAAAGGGGCUGUUCUCCAAUAAUCCACCUCCCAUAUUGGCAAAGGAAAGUCUCAGUUUACAAUUGUCUGUUGAUGACAAACAAAAUAGUUUGUAAUGAAUUUGAUGUUAUUGUGGCGUCUCCUCGGUUGUGAGUUACUCUGAAACUUUUCAUCUUCUUCUGUGAUGACGACUUUCGUGUAAAUAUCUAAUUUUCCUUCAGAAGACAAACAUACGUGUUUCGUUAAGAAAUGAACCAUUUUGUUUUAACAAUUAAAAAAAUUUAAAAAAUCAUGGGUAUGUAACCUUUUCCUGUGAGUGAAGAGCAAAUUUAAAUAACAGAAGCUGGGUUCUGUUUGGUUUUUUUUUAAGAGGAAAAACGUCCGUUUUGUUUUUGAGAAAAGAUCCAUUUUGGACCAGAAAUUCUUUAUGUACAGUAAAUCAUUCAGAAUUAAAAUCAUGUAUAUUUUUUAACUUUGGAUUAAGGUUUUUGUUUUAUAUUUAGCCUUUUUUUUUUGUUGUUGUCAGAUUUGAUAAACCUUCCUUGACCUUGGAGUCAUUUUUGUUUUUUACCCGUAGGACUAUUAAUUUAGAACUUGAUGAACUUCUGUCUGCUAGCUUGAUCAGUUGAAGUAUACUCACCCCAUUUUGAUUCUGGUUUUGAUUUUGUCAAUAAACAUUGAAUAGACUGA